UUUUUGCUAGUCAGCUUACGAACAAGAGGUCGCUAAUCUCAUAUCACUACUGGAGUUAGACGCAGUUAUUCAGCCGGUAGACAGCCGUCUUUGCUUAUAAAUAUCAAUUUUAACGCUGUUGAGUUAUAUUUCCUCUUGUAGCUCGAGGGGUUACGUUAAUUUAAUUUGACGAGGCGUUAAACAGCCUCAUUUUAUUUCCUACACCGUGGAGUUAACGUUAACAAUUGCUAGGUCGCAUUAGCUAACGCUUCUGCUGCGUAUCACUUGAAGGUUCUCAGUAUGCUUCAGUGAACAAGGCACAGAGUGCUGAUAUUAAUAAUGACCACAACGCUUCCACCCAGUAACUCCAGCAUGGAGUACUGCUUCUCAGCCCGAAUUCGAAGUACAGUUCUCCAGGGUUUGCCGUUUGGAGGGGUGCCUACUGUUCUUGCCCUUGACUUUAUGUGCUUUUUGGGGCUGCUGUUAAUUUUCUCUGUCUUACGAAAGGUAGCAUGGGACUAUGGGCGUCUAGCACUGGUGACUGAUGCAGACAGAAGAAGGUUUCAGCUGUACAGUCGCCUGGAUAACGAAGACUAUAUGACGCCUGAGACACCUCAGCGCCUCGCGUCAGUUUCCAGCUCAGUUGACAUUGAACAGAGAGACACAGGAUUCUGCUCCUGGAUAACUGCUAUCUUCCGUAUCAAGGACGACGAAAUAAAGGAGAAGUGUGGUGACGAUGCCGUGCAUUACUUGUCCUUCCAACGCCAUAUCAUUGGCUUACUAGUAGUUGUGGCUGUGCUUUCUGUGGGCAUUAUCCUACCUGUUAACUUCUCUGGAAACCGGUUUGAAAAUGAUGCCUACAGUUUUGGGCGAACAACGCUUGCAAAUUUAGAUGUCAAGAAUACACUACUGUGGCUGCACACAAUCUUUGCAUUCCUCUACCUGUUACUGACUGUGUACAGCAUGAGACGGCACACCUCCAAAAUGCACUACAAAGAGGAUGACCUGGUAAACCGCACUUUAUUUAUCAGUGGAAUCUCCAAGUAUGCAGAGGGCAAAGACAUAAAGCAACACUUUGAGCAGGCAUAUGAAAACUGUUCUGUGCGGGAAGCACGAAUCUGUUAUGAUGUGGCUCGGCUGAUGUAUCUUCAUACGGAAAGGAAGAAGGCAGAGCGUAGCAAGAGAUUCUUCAUUGACCUACAUGACAAAGAGCACAUUACCACCAUGGUAAACCCAAAGCCAUGUGGUCACCUUUGCUGCUGCAUCAUCAAAGGCUGUGAACAGGAAGAGGCAGUGAGCUAUUAUACUAAACUGGAAGCUAAACUAAAAGAAGAAUACAAGGCAGAGAGGGAGAAGAUUGGCAAGAAACCCUUAGGAAUGUCCUUUGUCACCUUCCAGAAUGAAUCCAUGACUGCUGUAAUUUUGAAGGACUUUAAUGCAUGCAAGUUUCAGGGAUGUCACUGUCGUCGGGAGCCAAAGCGAUCUCAGUUGAGCUCCAGACUUCACACAUCCAACUGGACUGUCAGCUAUGCCCCUGAUCCACAAAAUGUCUACUGGGAGCAUCUGUCGCUGGGAGGAGUCUCAUGGUGGGCCCGCUGCUUGGUCAUCAAUUGUGUUCUUUUCAUCUUGCUCUUCUUCCUCACCACACCAGCUAUAAUCAUCUCUACUAUGGACAAGUUUAAUGUGACCAAACCAGUCGAGUACCUAAAUACACCAAUUAUCACCCAGUUUUUCCCCACUCUUCUGCUGUGGUCUUUCUCUGCUCUGCUUCCCACCAUUGUGUACUACUCAGCCUUCUUUGAAGCCCACUGGACCCGGUCUGGAGAAAACAGGACUACAAUGCAUAAAUGCUACACUUUCUUAAUCUUCAUGGUUCUGUUGCUGCCCUCCCUCGGACUUACCAGUUUGGAUGUCUUCUUUCGCUGGCUUUUUGAUAGACGCUUUUUGCAAGAUGCUACUGUGAGAUUUGAGUGUGUUUUCCUUCCUGACAAUGGGGCUUUCUUUGUGAAUUAUGUCAUUGCCUCUGCAUUCAUUGGUAAUGCCAUGGACCUGCUCAGGAUUCCUGGUCUACUUAUGUACAUGAUUCGCCUUUCCAUGGCUCGAUCUGCAGCUGAGCGAAGGAACGUCAAGAGGCACCAAGCCUAUGAGUUCCAAUUUGGAGCAGCUUAUGCCUGGAUGAUGUGUGUUUUCACUGUGGUUAUGACCUACAGUAUCAUCUGCCCAAUCAUCGUUCCAUUUGGACUGAUGUACAUGCUGCUGAAACACUUGGCAGACAGGUACAACAUGUACUAUGCCUACCUACCAUCUAAACUGGACAAGAAGAUUCAUUCUGGGGCUGUGAACCAAGUGGUUGCUGCCCCCAUACUCUGUCUCUUUUGGCUACUUUUUUUCUCCAUUGUUCGCUCAGGAUUUACAUCUGGAACAUCCAUGUUCACGUUAGUUACUUUGAUCAUGACGGUCAUUAUCUGCCUCUCUCAUGUCUGCUUUGGUCAUUUCAAAUAUCUCAGCGCCCACAAUUAUAAGAUUGACACAGAUAUAGAUUUAUUGGAGAAGGCUCGUCCAGAUGGCACACCUGUUCCCGCCAAGCCAGCAAUGUACGUUGCUCAGGUACUUCAGGAUCAAGGUUCAGAGGAAACUGGUUCAGGCAGCGGUGAGGACGACGGCCAAGGAUCUUCACAGGACGAGGAAAUAAUCAGUGUGGAAAAUGGCUUGAAUGAGUCCGGUGAAGAAAGACUCAUUGAAAAUGAAAUACGGCACUGACACUGCCUUCUGCAGGAAAGAUAUCCAAAGUUUUAACUUUUGGAGUGCACUGACCAUGUAUUGAAUUAAGAACUGAAGCAACAGUUGUACAAAGCAUCUCAUCUUCCUUCCAACACCCUGACACUAACACAGGCUCGGAAUCUGCAGAGAACUUAAUGGAGUGUGGAGAAAGGAUGGGCAGAGAAACCCCUCUGCUGCAGCGAUGGGCUAUAGCACACCACAGGACUGCGAACAGAACUAUUCAAGAAAAAAAAACACUAGUGCACAGAUAACAGGUUUCGUUUUUGUUUUCGGCCUUCUUGUGUAACUUUGUAUUUCCUUAACAUUUUGUUGCACUUGAAAAGGGGCAACCUGGCCUUGUGCUUUACAGACGUCAGGUGGCAAGGGUUUCUCCCGUACAAUAAGCUUGAGUUUCACUGUGGUACUCUAGGAUGGUAGUUGUUGAGUUUUGCCCAUAAUUGGUUCUCAGUGUCAAUGAUUGGUGCCACUAAAUAUUUCAUCUGAACAAGUAUGUCUUGAGAGAGUUUCCAUGCCGGCAGUUAGCUUGCUUUGUGCAAAUUUAACAGGCCCAAGUGAGUAGUUCUUAUCUCAAAUAGGCCUUUAACAAUUAAGAAAGGAAAUCCACAACUGUUACACACUGUAACACUACUGAAUGCUCGGGCGCUGUAUACAGUGACAACAUUCCAGAAUUGGGGAAAAUAGCCUGUUUUGGCAUCGUAUUUAUUUAUCAUUGUGGUGUUGGAACUGCUAUCAAGAAAGCUUGAUAUAGAACAUGGUUCACAUCUUGGCACACUACGUUUUUAUGUUAUGGGGCCUGCUGUUGGGUUGCUGCUAACCCUACACUGAGGGAAUUCCAUAGACGGCCACCGCUGGGUGAUUUAGAGCACUGAAACAGUCAUCCGCUGGUGUUUCUCGCAGGAUGGAUUCCGGAUGGUUCUCUUAACUGUCUUAUUUCAUUUGCAGUGUUUUUGUCUUUUUUUUUUUUUUUUAAUCUUGUUUCAAAUGAGCAUUCAGCAUUGUUAGCUAGCCAUCUGUCUGGGUUUUUUGCAGUGUUAGCCUUACGUAGGGAUCAUGUAAUCACAUUUAGGUAGCAUGCGUCCGCUGUGCAAAGCUGCAGUUUGUCGUUUUCCAGCUCUCUCUGUCUGUCUGUAGAUCAUUAAACUCAAAAUAACAGCUCUUGCGUUAAGCUUCAUAAGUGAGUUUAGCAGUAGAUUUGAUCCAAAUCCAUUCAUCUUCAUUGUCAAAUCUUCAUGCUACAUUAUGUGCUCCCAACUGACGGCAAAAACAGAAACGUUAGAUUGCUCAUUUGAUUGUUGAGUAGUGAAUUAUGCAAACAUUACAUUUUCAGAUUGUCUAUAGCUUUAUGAAGCCUCUUCCAGAUGAUCGUGUUUUUAUACAUGUAUAUACAGUACAAAGCAAAGACCAACAUCAGGUAAAUGAAUGAGAAAUACCUGAUUUGCCUCGUUCAUAUCAAGAAGCUUCUAUUCUGGAAGACCAGGAAGGCACAGACGAGGAAAACGCCAACAAACUACACUGUAAUCCCAUUCAUAUACACACACACAGACACAGUGGUGCGCCUUCUCAGGAUUUAAAGAGCAUCUUUGUGUUUUUCAUCAGUAAAGACAACAGUAAGUUUGCUUGUAAACGUAGGAUUGUUACCACUACUGACUAACUAUAGACCAGCCGUGAUUGGGCAGUGUUUAAAAUGCUGCUGUGAGAGCUGCUGGGGGAUUUGUGCACUAAUCUUCACUUAAUAUGAUUGACAGAGGUGAAUGUGUGCUCAUACAGUGUUUCCAUAAUGUGGUUAUGGAUUUAUUACAGCCCUAAUGAGCUUUGUUUGAGAACACCGAAGCUCCUCUGGUCAUGAAAAGGUGAUUUUUUUUUUUUUUUUUUUUUAAACUUGUCCAAAAAAGAAAAACACUGAAUGUAUGUUAAUUCCAGGAGUUGUGAAAAUUUAAUGACAGACUCACUAACUACAAAACACUUUUUUUUUUUUUUAUGGACAGCAGCAGGAACAUGCACUGAUUUCACUGAGGAGUUAUGGAAAUGACUGGAUGAACUGAAGCGCUGCAGGUUGACAGCGGUUGUUAUUUCAUGAUUUUUCUAUUUUGUUACUCAUCCUCUCACUGACUCAUUUGAACUCGUGCCCAUGAGGUCUGUGGAACUCACUGGAAAUAAAUGGAUUAUUUGGGGAUGAGUAUUUGUGCUCUCUCCGGCUUGGUUUCUCCAAGUUUACGAAGAACUGAUGGUUGAAUCUAAAAAAAAAAAAAAACUGCACAGUUACAAUGUUUUGUGUGCUUUUUGUUUUUAUUAUUAAUACAUGUGCUGUUAGGUAGGAGGCAUAAUAAUGACACAUCUAAGCAUUUGACAUCUGAUAUUCUCAUUGUUUCCAAAGGGCGUCUGCAGCCUCUUACUGCUCAUUGGACAAUAAAGUUUAAUCAUGUUUGCAAC